AUGGAUGUCGAGCUUCAAUUCCGACGAUGCAUGCUAUACAGAAGGGAACACAAUUGAUGGUUUUCAUGUUUCUGACUUCGGAGCAUUUGGUCAGCCGUAUCGCCUAGAGGAUGUCGUUGCUCUGAGUGGAAAUUCAAACUCGGUUUUUAACUCACUAAAAGUAAGUGGCAAAACAAUUUCUCCUGGCCCUGUUCACUUCAGUACUCUUGGAAAGUUUCCAACUUCACUUGAUAAAAGCCCCUUGGAGAAUCAAACGGAGCCACCUAGGUUGCAAUUAACAAAGCUUCAAUCAUCAAAUCCUAGCAGCAGUACGAUAUUAAGUGUUCAUAUAGAAAACCAGGAAGAGUUUGCCAUGGCCGAUGCCAGUCAUAGGACUGAUAUUUCUACUGAUGUUGACACCGAUGACAAGAAUCAACGGUUUGAUACAAAUCAAUCCCUUGCUGUUGUGGGUUCCGACUCCAGUGACAGAUCAAAGGAUAAGUCAGAUCAAAAGACUCUCUGCAGGCUCACUCAAAAUCGUGAGGCAGCAAGAAAAAACCGAUUGAGAAAGAAAGCCUAUGUCCAACAGUUGGAAAGUAGUCGUUUGAAGCUGACUCAACUAGAGCAAGAGAUUCAACGAGCCAGAUAACAGGGAGUCUUCAUAUCAAGCUCGGGUGAACAAACACAUUCGCUAAGCGGAAAUGGGGCAAUGCAAUUUGAUGCAGAAUAUGCAAGGUGGCUAGAAGAACAUAAUCGACAAAUCAAUGAGCUAAGAGCAGCUGUAAAUUCUCAUGCAAGUGAUACCGAACUUCGCAUGAUUGUUGAUGGUAUAUUGGCACAUUAUGAUGAGAUUUUUAGACUAAAAGGUGUUGCAGCUAAGGUUGAUGUUUUCCAUUUGUUGUCUGGAAAACACCUGCUGAGAGGUGUUUUUUAUGGCUUGGUGGUUUUCGUUCGUCCGAACUUCUCAAGCUUCUGGUAAGUCAAUUGGGACCUCUCACAGAGCAGUAGUUGAUGGGUAUUACCAACUUGCAACAAUCUUCCCAACAAGCAGAAGACGCGUUGUCUCAAAGCAUGAC